CUCGAUGGCUGCCUGGAAGGGCGCAGUGGGGCCGUACCAGAGGCUCGGACACCCCGAGCCCGCCGGGAGCGGCGCCCGACCCCCGGCGCUGUGAGGACAGGGCCCGACAGGCCCGCGUCGCCAUGGCGACAGCGCGGCGCUGCGGCCAUGGCGGCGAGGGAGGAGAAGGGCGAGGAUGUCCUAGUAGCUGAAAUUGAGAAAAAGAUUACAGAAACUUUUGAGGUGUUUGACCGUGAAUCCAAUAAAACUGUGGAUGUCAGGGAGAUUGGUUGCAUUGUCAGAGCACUGGGUUGCUUCCCAACUGAGGCAGAAGUACAGAAACUGCUUGAACAGAUAGAAGUAGAAGAACCGGGUGGAUUUGUUCAUCUGGAACAUUUUCUUCCAGUGAUGACAAAAGUUCUACUUGACAAAAGAUUCCAACCUAUUCCAGAAGAUGUUAUUCUACAUGCAUUUGAGGCUUUGGAUGAGAAUAAGUGUGGAUAUAUUACCAAAGACGACCUGGUCAAACAUUUGACUCAAGGAGGUGAGCCCUUUACUCAGGAGGAGAUGGAGGACAUGCUUGCUGUUGCUCUAGAUCCAGAAACAGACAUCCUUCACUACAGAGAUUACCGUAUAAAGCUGGUAGUAGAUGAAACCAAGACCUUCCCUUUUAAUGGCUGAGAUGCCUUUUGGUAACAGCACUGUGGCUUGACAGAUAGUUGAAAUUUGUAUUUUAAAGUAUAACAAAGCUCAGCUUGUGACUCGGUGCUUAUAAUUAAAAUGAAAUCUGCGUAGUUACGUUUCCUUGGGUUCUGAGUGUGUGUAUAUACAUAUAAAAAUAUCUUCACACCUGGAAAAAGAGCUCUUGACAGAAAAACUGUGUAAGGUCUGGACAAGAAAUCAUGGAAUUUUGUUGGAAAAUAGCAGGAAAAAUAAUGUUAAUGAAGUCAAGAAAUAACUUUAUGAUUGCUUUUGAAAAACUAAGAGAAAAUGAGACCCAUGAAAAUGUAAUAAGCAGGUAAGUGAGUAUCUUAAGGUGACUAAUACUAGUAAGAUGAAGCUUUUAUAUUUAACUGUAGUCCUUUUUUGUGUUUAACUAAUAAGGAACCAGGUAGGUUACACCUUUUGAAGUAAUAUAAUAGAUCAAAUAAACUUUCUGUAAUUUCUAGUGUUUUUCAAGUAUUUGUAUUUUGUUUACCAUAAGCAAUUGAACUGGACCAAUUAGUUCCAGUUUAUAUUACUAAUCCACUGACAUGGUAUUUUGCUUUCAUUUUAAAUGUGCAGGGAACACUCCAACCAUUUCCAUAGUUAACCUAAUCCUUGAGAACAUUUUGGUUACUAUAGGCAAACCAGUAACCAGUUUGAAAGUCAGUAAUUUCAACUUUUGUAACCAGUUUGAAAGUCAGUAAUUUCAACUCUUUAAAACUUAAGAUCGCAGAAUGAGAAUUUGAUUUUCAUAAACUGAUGAAGCACCAUUUUUUGAAAGAUAUUAGUGUAGAAUGGAUGUCUCAGUUUUACUUGCUAGCAGACCACCACAAACCUCACAGCUCUUCUUAUUUCUAGUUUGAUACUUUUCUGUUACUGUACUGCUGUUCUUUAACUUGAGUUGAAGUUCUUUCCCUUUGAGUUCUUGCUGUACAUAAUCUUCUGACAUGUGACCAGCAGCUGAUGAGGUCUCAGCUUGUAGGAGAUUGUGUGUUUUGCUCCUCAAGAGUAACAUCUUGUACUUUGUACUCCACCCCAUUUUUACAACUCUCUGUCAAGUUUGCUUUCCUCCUGUACUAUGUUCUACCUCUCCUUUGUUCCAUCUGCAUGAUCCAGGUCUGUGUCAUCCACAGCCUUCUUGAAAGGCUGAAAUCCAGGGAAGACUGCCACAGAGAGGCACUGAGUGCCUUGCUCCCUGUCAUGCCUUUCUAGUGGCAGUGCUGAGAAGAGAGCCAAGGACCCCUCCUCAUAUCAGGUCUUUUGUCCUACCCAUUUGUUUCCUUUGGGCUGGAAGCUCAGACAAACUGUUUUCAUGCACAGCUAAAAGUGACCUGCUGUGCUGCACACAGAAGAGAUUAGCAUGAUCUAAAUGGGGUGGUGGAAGCAGUCUGAAAGAGACCACUUUUUGAUUCACUUUUUACUUCUCUAACCCAAAUUAAUGCAGGUAGACAACAAUUGCACAGUUCUAAGCUGCAUCUGGGAAACAUCGUUGCGCUGCUCCUAAGACUCAGCAAUGCACUCUGGUUAACACGUUUACUGUGUGUUCCAACUUCAUUGCCAGUAAGAAGGAAAAACAAAGGCUAUCAUUAGUGUUACACUGGAGGAAGAUACAAGUUUUUGAAGAUUAACACAAGAUCAACAAAAUCCUAUUAAGAAAAUACAUUUUUAUUAGUCUUCUUCAGUCUCUCUUUCAAAGCUGAAAUUAUUUUCUCUAGAUUAAUCUUUCUUCCAGUUGAUGUGGAAGUGUGUUAUACUGGAUUUCUGACACAGUUGGUGUGAGUACAAGUUUCAUUCAUAUGAAGUCUUGGAGUCCUUGUCAGUGUCAUCUUGGAUAUCAGCAGGAAGAUGCUUAUUUCAGGAUAUCAUUUCAUAGCUCCCAGUGCUCCAGAGAGAGCACAGUUUGUUUCUAGUGGUGUUUCCCCAGAGGCUGCCUCAGCUGUUGCUGUGUCAAAUCAGGAUGUCCACAUACAACACUGUUACCUUUCAUAGUGCAGAUGGGAGAUUAACAUGCAUUCUUUUAUAAUAUAUAUAAUUUUUUAUUUUGCAAUCCUCAAAUGCAAGGAAAGAGAGUAUUCUGGCAAUAAAAAAGUGAGAUUGUGAAUGUGUCCGAAUUUAUUGUACAGCAGAUCUUCCAGUUCCAUUUUCUUAUACUCAUCCUCAAGAAAGAUAUGUGCAAACAGGACAGACAAAAGCAAGAUGCAGUCUUCUCUUUGGGCAUAAGUAAGCAAUUUUUACUGCCCAGAGAGUUUCCAAACUAGGGGUGAAAGAAUUGUCAAGAACCAAUCUCAGACUCUGUAGGAUGCUAAAACCUGAGUGCACUCUGCCAGCUGGGCUCAAACAGAGUGAUCUGAAGGCUCGUGCAGCAGCUGCCCCAUGGGUCACCCCAGAGGAGGCUGAGCAGGGGCCACACAAGGCUGCUCCCUUGCCUAGGCCCUUCAUGACUUGCCAGCCCAUGGCCUCCCAUUUCCCCAUGGUGGUGACUGGGUGCCUGGCUUCUCUGUGCUCCCUGGGGAUGAGCAGGGACCCCUACCCUAGGGAAAGGGAGAGGAGACUUAGGGAACCAUUUUGGUGAAAAUAAAACCCCUCUUUGUUUCUAAAUUUGAAGGGAAAAUAUGUUACUUUAUCCUCUUCUUUGAGGUGAACCGAUUGAACUGCUGAGUGGUCUUGAGCUGUCUCUUAUCACAUGCCUCUCCCUGCUGGCUGUUUUGCCUCUUCCCUCAAGAUCAGGAACCAAGGUAAGGGACUGGAACAAAACCAGAAAUCUCCAGGGAGGAACCAGUGUAGCACCUGGAUUUCACACAGGGACAUAGAGCCAAGGCAUUGAAGAAACUGGGCAAGUCAGAGGGGUUUUUUUUACCUAACUGAAGGAAGGAGAGGGAAGGGAACUCAUUAUCCAGAUGUAAAAAAAGAAAACAAAAUUAAGAGAAGAAAUCAAAGAAGCAAACACUAGAAACCAUCUACAUGUACAACUGAAUCAGCAGGCUGUUUACAUCACUGCUGUGAGUUGUAGGCUGGACAAGGAUUUACUUGUUUAAAAUUUUAAGUAGGUUCAGCUGUGCCAGGACAUAUCUGGUGUAUAGUGGAGACCUCAGUCCUGCUGAUACUGUGGAGGAAUUCUUCUAGCUGCUGAGCUUGUGCUUGGGAGUAUAGUUGCUCUUACCUCAGGUAAUACAUUGCUUUUUGUGUUUCCUUCAUUAUCUUUGAAGUUACUUCUCCAAAACACUCUUCUGUCUGUUAGUGAUAGUCCCAUAUGUAUUCACACCUGAAGACUUCAGUGUUUUCUGAAGACUGCAAUGCAUACCAACAUGAUAUUUACAGCUGCUUGAGACUCUCCACUGGCUGUGGGCAGAAACAGAGGUUGCAGGACUUCCUCCAUCAAAAUGCUAAUGGGCCAGCAUCAGAGCUGGGACUCCAGGGAAAGAACUGGGCUGUUCAUCUGUGCACCUCCAUCCAUAAUAUCACACAGGAGGCAAUGUCAGCUGGAAGCUAAAAAAUGAAGAGAAAGUCUGCUCUGUUUUCUCAGGAUAACACAGAAGUUGAACUUCAUUGCUCACACCUUGCCUGUUCUCACAGGGGAAGCAAAGGCUUUACAGUGAUCCAGAUACAAGAGGAAAUGCUGAACAGCAAAAUGCAGACAUUUGUGACAUAAAGUUAGAAAAAGUGACCUACAGGUAGAUGUGCUGAACCCUUACACCUUUUACAUGCAAUGUUCACCCCCAAGACAGAUAAUAUCAAUCAAGUCCUGUGCUGUUAUAUGCUUACAGAAAGGUGAGCGCAGGAAAAACAUUUGAAUUUAGAGAAAAAAAUACACAAAUCAAGAUGGGAAAUAAAGUCCAAUUUGGUGAUGAGGGCUCGCCAGAUUAAGUUCCUACAAAACAAGAAGCAGCAACACCUGCAUUCAGAGUCACAGUGAAAGAGUGGCUUCCUGGGCUAAUAUGAAAUCUUCAGGAGCUCAAUAACCAUGGAAACCUCAGUGAAAGGAAUGCAACUUCAAUAAAAUUCAGAAAAGAGAAGAAGAAAUGGUAAUUGGAGAACUGUCAGAGGCAAAAGUACAUGUAUUUCCUUCCCCAGAGAUGCUUGUAAUACAAACAGGUUUUAUUUUUAAACAAAAAUAUUCUUACUGGCAUCUAUAGGAAACUAUUUGGUGCAAAGGCUUUGUAAUAUCUUUUCUACAGUUGUCACUUAUCUGCAUUUAUGAAGGCCUUGGUUUUAGAAACUUUUGGACAAAUUAACUCUCAGUUUUCACUUAUAAGUAAUAAGAAAUAAUCUGUCAUCCUCACUUCUCUCAAUAGCUUCAAAACCAAUAAAAGCCAACUAAAAUAAGUAGCUCUGGAAGCAUGCCUUUCUACCUUGUAUUUAAUAUGUAUUGUACUGUCCCUUAUUAGGAGCCAAGUUUGUAUUAGUGCUGUUCAAAUACAACUAUUAUUUCUAUACUCAGUGAGGUCUGUGAGGGACAUUGUCAGAAACUACAGGUAAAUAAUGGUGGGGAAAAAACCAGCUCUCUGCAUCAGUUAAUGAAUAAAGCUCAAGGAGCAACAGAAGGAACAAUGCAUUCACCACUGCUAAAAUUUAACUCUGUAACUUUCAAUAAAAAUUCAUAACAAGGACAAUAAAAAUGGCAACAGAGGAACAUUCUUCCCCUUUCUCUAUUGUCAUUACCUUCUGUUUGUUCAGCACUCAUGUGUAUCCAGCUGAGACCCUGUAAGUUCACUUUCC